AUGUCCACCGAAGGGAAUAACCGCGUUAUAGUCUGGUUUAAAGUCCUCCCCAAAGAAGUCUCUGCAGAAGAAGCUCCGAAACAGAUACUUCGGCUGUUGGGGUACAGCCAAGGCCAAGGCUACGACUUCUCGCGCGUUGAAAUCUUUCAAGAAAAGCCACAUCGCCGGAGACUGAAGGGCACCAUUGAAUUUGUUAACACGUCCACAACCAAAGAAGCUGCGAAAGGCGUCGGCCCGGAGUUCUGCCAAGGACUUUUCACAGGAUUUCAUGCCCUCGAGGUCAACAUAACGGGCAACCAAAAGAAUACAGGCCGUCGAGCGCGCCAGACUUCUGAAGUCGCCAAUGUCGACGUACAAACCUUGCCGCAAUCCAGUGAGAACUGCAAUGCCAUAUCUCACCAGAAACGGAUCAGGCCGGACGCUGUAUCGGGAAUAAUCAUUGCCAGUGGAACUAGAACGAAAGAAAGAGUGGGGAGUUGGAGAUCACAGUUCAAGUUUCAUGGUUGGUGGAGCGAAGGUCAUUGA